AUUGUAGGCCCCUGAUCUGUCUAGAUGGAACACACAUCAAAACCAAGUAUGGUGGCCAAUUACUUACAGCAGUGGGGAUAGAUGGAAAUGAUUGUAUAUAUCCCAUAGCUUGGGCUAUUGUUGAAGUGGAGUGUUACAGCAGUUGGAAGUGGUUCUUAACCACACUCAAGAAUGACCUCAAUGUAGCUGAAGAAGAAGCACCAGUUGAACCUAGACCAAAAAGGAGAAGGAGAACAAUAGAAGAAAAGGUUGAUGACUACUGUGUUUCUGGUGUUAGCAUUCCUAACUGUACCAGAGGACCAGAAGAUGCCGAUGUUCCUGAAAUUCUACAGCAUAUCGACCAUGUUGAUCUGGAUCCAAGAUUUGAUCCAUCUGAAUUAAAUGACUCCAUGGUGAAUGCAUUAAAUCAUGAGGUACCCACAAUCAUCUUCGAAGAACCAGAACCUUUCCCUGAGGAAUCAACAUUUGUUUCCUCAUAUAGGCAAAACAUACCAGCAACAAGAGUCACUACAGCUACUUCUUCUGGAAUGGCAAUACUUAGAGGAGGCAGAGGUAGGGGGAGACCAAAAGGAGCUGCUGCUCCUCCUGGAAGAGGAACAAGAGGCACCAGGUUGGGAACAACUGGUGCAAGAGGAGGUACUGCUGCUAGAGGAGAUGUUGGUGCAAGAGGAGUUACUGCUGCUGCUAGAGUAGUUGCUGGUGCAAGAGGAGGUAGUGCUGUUGCUAGUGCUGGAGGCCAGAGUUCUACAACAAUUCCAACGAGAGGUAGAGGAAGAGCUGAAUGGCUUUUAUUCGGUGAUGGCAGCUCAACUACAACAACUGCAAGUCAAGGUGUAGAAAAUGCAGUUGAAAUUGAUGCAUCACAGGCAGCACCUGAUGAUCUAUCUCAAGCUUGACAGAUGUCCGUUUUUUUCGGGAUAGCAACACUGCUUUUAUGUUCUAGUUAGUAACCAUACAAAUGGUCGUUUCUUUUGUUCUGUCUGUAAGAACCUGAUGUCUCAUGUACACGGUGCAUGCAAACACUUAUCUCUUUUGCUGUCUAC